AUGAAUUUCGACAGGAGGAGAGUAAAUGGUCCUGAGAUCACCUCUGAUGUAUUCUACGCUAAUGAAUCUCCUCAAUUUACCAAAAACGAACGCGAAAUACGUAAAGUGGACGAAAUGAGGCCAAUUUUCCUUAAACCUGGUUUGAUUUCUUCUGCGUCUGGUUCCACCUACUUUGAGGCGGGUAAUACAAAGAUAGCGUGCGCAGUGUAUGGACCGAAGCAGAUAAAGAACGCCGCGUAUUCUCCCACCGGCAGGCUCAAUGUGGAGAUAAAGCACUCUCCGUUCAGCUCGCCAGUGCGACGUGAUGCUGUUAGAGAGCUAGACGCGACACACCUCAGCAACCAGGUCACACAGUCUCUUCUCCCCAGUCUUAGACUAGACGAGUACGAGAAGAUGCAGAUCGAUGUCUUUGUGACCAUUUUAGAGGAUGAUUCACUCGAUUUCGGUUUGAUGGGAUGUAUUACGACGGCGGCUGGAUGCGCGUUGGCGAGCGCGGGAUUGGAAAUGAAUGGGUUAGUUGUAGGAGUGGCGUUGGCUAUUCAAUCAGAUAGGUUGCUUGUCGAUCCAACACCGUCAGAAGUCAGGGAAUCACAGGGAAUGAUGACAGUGUGCACUCUGCCAGCACUAACACAGAUAACACACAUAUGGCAAGCAGGAAUGCUCGAUUUAGGGGGUUAUAAGCAGGCGCUGUCUAUUGCAGAAAGUGCUUCACGGAAUAUACACACGGUGAUAGCUAAGACAUUAAUGAAUGAGGCAGCUAUAUCAGAUGAUAAGUAA